AUGGAUUCCGUAUUGAUACAUGCUCAAAUCCAAAUGUGGUGUGCAAAGGCAGGAAUGUCUAAGCCAAGAACUGCAUUCAUUGAAACAGUAAUGGGAAAAUGGGAAGCUAAACUUCUGCUCUAUUUUAGCACUGGGAAGAUUAAAGCUUUGCAGCUAAACAAUAAUAUUAAAAGUGUGGUCCUUAGAACCUAUGGUGAGGACCAGAAUUACCUAAAUUUAACUUUUAAAAAUAACGACUUCUUGUUUGUUGAGAAACUAACCACUGUAUACGCCAGACAACUGAAGAAAUUCCUAGACAAAGUUUAUCAAAGAAAUCUUCGGGCAUUCUGGAGAAACGAUAAGGAGCGAUCUGGUGGUCCUAGCACAAGCACCCAGAAGUUAGGUGUCUCUUUACCACGGGAAGUUCAUGCAGAACAAAGCAGUAAGUGCUUCAAAUCAGCCAAAAAAAGUGGAGGAUCAGUGGUUGAUGAGUUGCCUUUGUCUUCAUCCUCAUCAACCACACCUAAUGGCGUAGGGGUCUUAGAAAAACAACUUGUAAAGAAGAAAAGAUCCUCACCUAAUUCAAAAAAGAAGGAAACAGAGAACAUCCUACAGGGCAGCAGUAAGGAAUCUGAGGCAAAGUCAGUAGUGUCUGUACAUGAUAAUAAAGAAAAAGAAAGGAAUUUAAGAGAGGCAGAAAAGAGUAAACCAGGAUUUGGCUUUUCAUCUGAGACCAAGAAUCCUGAAGAAUCUGAUUUGAGUGUUCGUGAUAUUCAUGAUCUCAUCACAAAAUUAUUUUCGCCAUUUCUGUUGGAACCAUGCUGUAUGGAGAAAGGCAUAGAGUGGCAUGAGUAUAUAAAGACACUCUUACUGUACCCAGAGAAAACAUGGCAAGGCCUGCCUAAUGUGGGAAAUACCUGUUAUAUAAACGUAGUAUUACAGUCACUAUGCUCAGUUCCACUGUUUGUUAAUGAGUUGUUCAAUCAGGGUUUCCCAUGGAUUAGACCUCCCAGAGAUGAUUUUAACAUGCGCUUGAUGCAACUGCUUGUUUUGAAAGAUAUUUACAAUGCAAAAACUAGGGAGAAGUUACUUAUAAAUUUUACAAAAGCCCUUCCACAAUUUGGAGAGAUAUUCUCUGCUGACAGGCAGAAUGACGCGCAUGAGUUUUUAAGUCUCUGUUUAGUUCAGUUGAAGGAAACUGUUCAAAACUUAACCAUAUUGUGGCAAGCUGAAAAUAAAUCUGGGAGAAAUAAUUUACUUAGACAGAUUUUUGCUAACCAUGCUAUUAUCGACAAAAUACCUUUUUGUCCUGUUGCCAAUAAUUUCGAAUUUGAGUUGAUGAGAUCUAUUUUUUGUAAAGCUUGUGGCCUGGUUAUUUACAGGAAAGAACCGGGUAGUUAUCUCUCCAUCAGCAUUCCUCAAGGAUUGAAAGGCCUCAACUUGUCUAUUCAAUCCAGUUUUGAUCUUUUUUUUAAAGCAGAAGAGCUUGAACAUAGAUGUGAAAGGUGUAUGCACAACAAAUCUAUGGCAGUGCAUAAGUUUGGCCGCCUACCCAGGGUUAUUAUUAUCCACCUGAAGCGCUAUACCUUUAGUGAGUCACAGGUAGUGAAGAAGGAUGAGCAACAUGUCAUUAUUUCCAAAAUUUUAAAGCUGUCUUAUCAUUGCAACGAAAACACAAAGCCACCUGAGCCCCUUAGCCAAAAUGCACGUGUUAAGGAUUUUGACUUACUAAAACCCCUUCAAGAGUUGGGUUCUGAAAUACUCAAAGUGUCAUAUAAUUCAAAGAUGACCUCAGGAUCCAAGGAUUUCCCAACUGUAAACACCAGUUCAAACAAGGAGUCCGAAGCACAAAAUGUAAGGAGAGUCUCUAACGUGUUUAGUGGGAAAGGGCAGCAGGAAGAUCACGGAAAGGGUGCCACACAAAAUGUAAUUGGGUCAGAAUUGACAAACAAGACAGAAAAACCUGAGAAAGACGAGAAAGCAUGUACAUUUAGUGAGUUAGAUUCUGGUAGCUUCAAAAGAUCCCCAAAGUACCAACAGGUCCAGAAAUGUUAUGAAGAGAGAAAUGAUAAACAGACCUCCCGAGAGGCAGUUACUCAGAGCCAUCCAAAACCAAGCUCCCAGGAACAAAUAGGUUACGUCAGUAAACCUGCCGAGUCCCAUACCCAGAGUGGCAAUCUGAAGUUACAGGAUUCACUAGACUCCAGUAAGAACUUAGGUAAGAAGACAAAGCUAAAAGGCAAGGUGGAACCCCAAACGGCUGAGCCAAAAGAAGACAAUUAUUACAGGCUCAUUAAUAUUAUCAGUCAUAUUGGGAACAGCCCCCACGGAGGCCACUAUAUCAAUGAUGCCUUUGACUUCAGGAAGAAGAAUUGGUUCACUUAUAGUGAUCCACAGGUGACAAGAAUACAAGAGGAGCAUAUACAGAAGGCUAGGCUUUCCACUGGGUAUGUCUUCUUUUACAUGCAUAAUGAGAUCUUCGAAGAGCUCUUGGCGAAGGAAUCUCAGGCUUCUAAAACAUCAUAG